AUGCCCCUUUUUGAGGCACACAAUUAUACGGCCAUAACGGUCAAAAUCAACCAGCUCUCAGAGGCAAACCGCAAUGACGAGAUCGAUAAUCUGAUAGAACUUUAUAUGUCUGACCUCAUUGACCUCAUAAAGUUGCAGGGCAAUGUUGGAGCCUCCGAAGCAGCUAGAGCCAUUCGAAAGAAUAUCAAGUAUGGAAAGGACCAGGACACUCAAUUGCGUUCUUUGUACAUCUUGGAGUUGUUAGUUUUGAAUUCGGGCCAUAAAAUAGGUGCCAUCAUUGCUCGUGACGACAAGUUGUUGGAUGUACUCAAGGGGAUAUUAAACCACCUGGGCACCACAGGUUCAGGUUCCCAUUAUUCCAAGGAUAUCACAGACAAAGUGACAGCACUAGCGCUUGGGUGGAGGACAGAAGUGGCAGAAUUGGACGGUUACAAAUAUUUGGCAUCGCUCUACAAGUUCAUCCCCAAGUACCUGAAACUGCGUAGCCAUCGUACUCACCGUCGUACGGGAAGCAGCAAUAUAUUUGAAACUGCUGAGGACAAUGCUGUGCUGUCUCCACGUUCUUCAGGUCGUCAGCGGUCAGUGAGUCCUCCCUCUAGACCUUCAACUCCUCCGCCAAGAUUUAAAUCACCCCCUCCGCCACGUCCCAAGACAUCAUCGCCCUAUACUGAGGUUGAAGGCUCAUCGAAAAAGAAGAAGAAGGAGAAGAAGAAAAGAACAAGAAGAACCAGAAAUGGGGUGCGAUACGCCGAUGCAGAGUACCAGAUCCCUCAGAUUAACUACAAAGCCGAAGCUCCUAAAAUUCGCCAGGUGAUUGCUGACUGUCACACUCAUACCACGGCGCUCGGCAAUAUUUUGCUCACUUUGACAGUGUCGCCUCUUGAUGAUGAGAGGGCAAAAUCCGAAUUUGACAAGUGCCGUAAAAUUCGUCAUAAGGUGCUUCGGUACCUUCAAUACGUUGGAGCUGGAAGCGAAGAGACGAAAACGAAGGAGGUUCGUGCGAUGGAUGAGGAGUUCUUGGGAAGUUUGAUUAUGGCCAAUGAACAAUUGGUCGAUGUGUUUAAAAAGUACGAUACUGCUUGUGGUUACACUGAAGAAAACCCUGCACCUCAGGUUCAAGACGAUGACUCUGAUUCCUUGGAAUCCUACUACACUGAAAGCUCAGAAGAGGAAGAUGAUGAUUUGGGUGAAACUUCUUCGACUCAAUUUGCUCAAUUGAGUUUGUCACUGGAACCAUCUGCUUCUCCCCUACAAAGCACUCCAAAAGCUCCACCUCCCAGACCAGCCAAGCCAUCCAAGCUCAAAUCUUUGGACCGUGUCAGCACAAAUGAUACCGUUGCUACGACCUCGAGCGAUCCGUUUGGUGACAAACACGGCAUGUAA